GGGUGGUGCUUCUCUCAGUCUGGCAAUAAGAAAAAGACAAUCACUAAAGCAGAACAACUGAAGCAGCUACAAGAGGAAGAGGAGAAACGACUGAGAGAGGAAGAGGAAGCCCGUUUGAAAUUUGAGAAAGAAGAACUGGAAAGGCUUGAAAAACAGCGGAUUGAGAAAGAAAAAUGGCAACAACUUGAAAAAAAAGAUCUAGAAAGGAGACCUGAAGAACUUGAGGAACUUUAUUCACUAGAGGAAUGUUUUCCUGAAGCAGAGAAAUUGAAACAGGAUAGUAGGUCACUUUCUCAGUGGAAACGCUACAUUCAGUGUGAUGGGAGUCCUGAUCCUUCUGUACCCCAAGAAAUGAAUACUUUCAUUAGCUUGUGGAAAGAGGAAACAAAUGAAACUUUUGAGAUAGUGAUUGAGAAGAGCAAACUAGUGCUACAGUUAAUUGAGAAAUUGAAAUUAAUGUUAUUGGAAACUGCGCCACGUGAUUUGAGAGACAAAAACAUAAUACAAUAUGAAGGAUCAAUUUCACAGCUUCAGGAGCUCCUUCAUCUUAAGUUUAACAUAGCCACGGAAAUACUGCUCAGACAAGCGAGUACUUUGGCAGAUCUGGACACUGGAAAUAUGGAAAAAAUCAUUCAAGAUGAAAAUGUUACCCUGUAUGUGUGGGCAAACCUCAAGAAGAACCCAAGGUACAAAAGUGUGAGAUUCUCUGACACUCAAACUGGAUUUGAAAUUCCAAGGAUAUUAGCGACGAGUGACAUCGCUCUCCGCCUCCUCCACACUCACUACGACCACGUGACUCCACCGCAAGCUGCUCCCGCACCGUCUCCACAGCACACUUCCGCAGCAUCUGAGCUUUUCAAGAGUGAAACUAAGAGCACAACAGAAGCAGCCAGCCAGGAGGCCCAGGAAGACUCCAAACCACAAGAGAGAGGGUCUGUCUUCAUUCAGGAGGGAGAAAUAAAAGUUGACGAGCAAGUUGAUUCUGAGGUACAAAUGACUUCUGUCAAGAAAGAAUCGAAAGCCACAGAAUGUGAACUGGAGAUGAAAUUACUAAGUGAAACGGUUGCAGCAGCACAGCUGAACCUGAUAAAGAAUGCUCCUGAAAAGCCAGAAGUCUCUGAAAGCAAGGAGGUGGAUUUAUGCCAGUUCACCAUUCUGGGUGGCGUGUACCACUUGGAUAUUUUGGAGCUCCCCCCACAGUGUAAACCAGUGAAAGGCUGGAUGAUGGUGGAGAUACUCAAAGAAGGAUUACAGAAAUUUACAUAUCCUCCAGAAAUCACAGAAAACUUUGAAACAGAAAAUGCUUUUCCGCCUAUAGAAGUCACUCUUCAGGUUCAGGAGAAAGUAGCCUUUUUUGAGGAACCUAUGGUCGCAAGGUGGGAUGCUAAAGGUAAAUACUGGCGAACUGAUGGCAUUAGUGACGUGUAUUACACCCCAGAAAAAAAACUUAUAUCAUUCAACCUGGAAACCUUUGGCCCUGUUACCUUGAUGCAAGACACUCAUAUUAACAUGCCGUACCAGUCGUGGGAACUACAACCACUUGAUGUGAAUAAAGCACUUCUGACUGUGACAACAGUAUUUACUGAGAUUCAGAUACAAAUUAAGGAAAACCUCUGCAUGUUGGCGUCAAUCAAAGUAAAGGACAAAGGACCCUGGUCUGUGUUGGAAGGAAAGUGGAUGACUCCUAUUCCUUUCAUUAGUGCUCUGAAAGAAACUGGGCUGAAUAUCUUCCCGACUGCAUACUCUCAUUUUUAUGUUGUCAUAAAUAAUAAGGUUCCGUUGGUGGAAAUGAAAGCUUAUCGGCAGAUGGCCCUGCUGAGUUCUGCUAUUGCCUUUGGGUGGAGCAAGUGGAAUACACUAUGUGAUUCUACAAAUGUUGUGUUUAAGGUGAGAGAGCACCUGACUGAGGAGCACACUGACAUCCCUAACUGGGCCCUAUUUAUGUUCAGUGGGGACAGAGCAAGGAGGCUCAAGAUAAACGAAGAGAGCGAGUCAUUCUCUGAAGCGCUUGGAGAAGAAACUGAGUUGCAUUCCACUUUGUAUCACAUGGUAAAGGAUUUUGCUUCCAAGGAAGCCAUAGAGAAAGUCAGAAGUUCCAGCUGCCAGUUUAUAGACUCAGUUUGCCACAUGCUUCUCUCUACCAGGGUGCUCAGCUAUUCUUAAUCUCCACCUGCAACUACAAACUACUAUCUUGGCCAGUAAAUCCUGCAUUCCUCAGUGCAGUUAAACAGUGGGGUUUUUUUUUCCUUGACUAAUUGGCCUAUUGAGAAGUUCGACUUUCACUAUAGGAAGAAUUGAAGAGUUCUUUAUUUAGAUGCAUUGUAGAAAAACAUUAAAGCUCAUUAAAACAUC